UCCAUCCUCCUUUUCUAUAUUUUCCUAUUUUAUUUCCGUCCUUCACAAGAGUCAACUUUUAUUUUUUUCACUUUUUAAAUACUUUUGGCACCCAUAACUUUACCUUAAAUGAACGGAAAACAGGCACCAGCAAGGAUCCUACGAACACUUAACAUUUUCUCAUACACACAAUACUACCUUUAAAAUAGACUAUUGGAGCGCAGCUAUAUAUAUAUUCACACACCCAUGCUAAGUACUACACAAGUUUUGUGUUUGUGACGUUUGUAAGUAUAUAUGUGUAUGUAUAUCUGAGUGAUAGUGUAUGUUAUAUGUGUAUGUUAUAUGUGCUUAUACGUAUGAAAGACUGAAUGAGUGGAAGUAUGAGUGUACACAUGCAUUUCUGUUCGUGUAAAUGUGUGAAACAUCUUUAGACGCACACGUAAAGUGAUUUCAGUGCAUCAAUUUACAUAUCACAAUAACAUUACAGAUACACAGACACACAUAUUAAUCUAUAUACAUACGUACGUUCGUACAUACAUACAUACACACACAAACUUAUAUAUAUAUACAUACAUACAUACAUAACCAUACACACAUAUAUUUGCACUUUGCAUUACAGAUUAAACCAAGCUAUAUGCAAUUAUAUAUUUAUAAAUAAAUACACAAAGAAAAAAGCAAGAUGGACUCGUAUACACUACGUAAAUGUAAAAAACACUGAUAGAGGUAUCGGAACAUCUCCACGGAUAUAUAAGUUCGGUUUUAAAUCUGAUGUCAGCUACAGUUACUACAACGAUAAUUACAACGACUUGAAACGAGCACAACGGCCAGAAGAAGGGCACUAACGAGGACAACAACGACCUGAAGUAAACUUGAAAACAUCUGAGCUUGAACCAUAAACUCCACCCACGACCUCAACCUAUUGAACUUUAUAAAACUACAAAGAUAUUCCAAAAUGGAUGCCCGUUCAAUUAGCUUCGAAAGAGCAGAGGUGAUGAGGAGACAACAAUCAACGGAUUUUGACGAUCACAUUGCCGUUGUACCAGAGGAAACAGAAAAUGGUAGAGGUUGUUCAAGUCGUGAAAAAGUGGGUUCCAUAUUGUUGUCACUGAAGAAUCAAGUUGGCUGUUUGUCAAGUGCUUUAAAAGUAUUUCAGGACAACAAAGUCAACGUCACACACAUCGAAUCGCGCAGGUCGCAGAUGGAAGACAGUGAAUAUGACAUUUUCAUCAACGUAGAGUCCAGCAAACUGGCCAUAGAAGACCUUCUCGAAAAACUUCAACUCCAAAUUCCUGACGAUGUAGGAAAUGUGAAAGCAUUUCCCACCUGUCCUGAAGAACCAGAUGAUGAUAUAGUGUGGUUCCCUCGCAAAAUAGCGGAAUUGGACAAAUUUGCCAAUCGUGUACUAAUGUAUGGUCGUGAGCUAGAUGCCGAUCACCCUGGCUUCAAGGAUCCAGUGUACAGACAACGUAGGAUAAAAUUUGCCGAAAUUGCUUAUAAUUAUAAACAUGGCCAACCAAUACCAAGGGUUGAAUACACAGCAGAAGAAGUAAGCACUUGGAGCACUGUCUUCAGAGAACUAAACAAGCUUUACCCGACGUACUCCUGCAAGCAGCAUCUGAAGAAUCUACCAUUGCUAAUGAAAUAUUGUGGCUACAGAGAGAACAAUAUCCCACAACUCGAGGAUGUUUCAAAAUUUCUCAAAGAGAGAACCGGGUUCACUGUUCGCCCUGUGGCAGGAUAUUUGUCUUCAAGAGACUUUCUAGCUGGGCUAGCGUUCCGUGUGUUUCAUUGCACCCAAUAUAUUCGCCAUAGUUCCGAUCCUUUCUACACACCAGAACCAGACUGUUGCCACGAAUUACUGGGACAUGUCCCGCUGUUUGCUGAUUCUGAUUUUGCUCAUUUUUCUCAUGAGUUAGGGUUAGCCUCCCUGGGGGCUUCAGAUUUCGAAGUUGCCAAAUUAGCCAGUUGUUAUUUCUUCACAAUUGAAUUCGGAUUGUGCCGAGAAAAUGGUCAGCUCAGAGUGUAUGGCGCUGGUCUCUUGUCUUCGAUUGGAGAACUCAAGCAUGUUCUCACAGACGCAGCUAUUAAAAAGCCGUUCGACCCUGACAAAGUCAUUGAGCAAGAAUGUCAGGUUUCCACAUACCAGGAUGCCUAUUUUGUCAGUGAAUCUUUCAAAGAGGCCCAAAAUCAAAUCAGGGAAUUUGCUUCGAAUAUCAAACGACCCUUCACUGUGCGCUACGAUCCUUAUUCACAGUCGGUUAUGGUUCUCGAAAGUUUGUCAGCCAUUAGCCAAGUAGUCAGUUUUGUUCGAGCCGAUCUUUGUCUCAUCUCUGAUGCCAUCAACAAACUUCACCAGUCGAAGAUGAAGAAAACGAGACGAGCACGAACAAGGCUACUCAAUGACAAAUAAAAAUGGAUUUUUCUUUUUUCUUUUUUUUUUUGGUGCCAACAAAAUAGGAAGAAGAAAACAGAAACACAGAGGGAAAGAUAAAUGCAAAACUGAAAAUGAUUUAAAAAAAGAUAAACGAAAAACAGCAGUAAAAGAAAUGAUUAUAAUGAUUUAAAUACAAUUUUGUAUAUUUAAACUGAAUGUUGACAACAAAGCCAAAACACACUAAAACAAAUAUUUAUUGGGAAACAAACCCACGCGCUUUUUAAACACAUUGGAACAUUGCCCAAUGAUACCCAUAGUACUCCAAUUUAUUCAAACGUUUACUAAGAGUUGUGGCUUUGAUUCCUAUUGUUUUAUGUCUAAAAUCACAUCCAAUUUAAGUAUGCAGAUGUAUUCUUAGCUCGAAAAUAAUUUAAUGCUCAAUUAAUUACAAGAAAAUUUUAAUGUUUUGCAAAGUUCAGCUUAAGUUAGCAUUUAAGCUAGAUUUUUUUAGGACAUUUUAAUUGAGCAUUUUCUUUCUCUCUAAUUCCUUCUAUCCCUAGAUAUAAAUAUAUAUUUUCUAAAGAACUGCUAUUUGCACGAACUUGUAAAACAGCUAAACAGCAAACGGCAUACGCUUUUUUGCUAGUCUUUAUGAGAUUGGAGGAUUGUGGUGGUGUGAGGGGUGGGUGAGGGUGUAGUUAUAUUACACCAGUUAUAAUGUGCUACCCACUGGGUUAGCAACUGAUUUCUCCACAUCUAUCUAUCUAUCUCUGUGCCUGUACUCACACACACACGCACAUACAUACAUACGUACAUACAUACAUACAUACAUACAUACAUACAUACAUACAUACAUACAAAGUUGUGUAUAUAUAUGUAUAUAUGUAUAUGUAUAUAUAUAUAUAUAUAUAUAUAUCCAUCGAAAUCUAUCUUCCAUUCAUUCUUUAAUUCUUCUGUUUGCAAUACACACGUACGCAAGCACAUGCACAUAUAUGUGUGUGUGUUUGUGUAUGCGUGAGUGUAUAUGUGAGAGAGGGAGUGUGUAUAUAUGUUUGUGACUAAGUGUGUUUGUGUGUGUGUGUGUGUUUGUGUGUGCAUGUGCCUUUAUGCUUGUGUGUCUCUGUGCGUGUUUUAUAGAAAACAAAUUUGACAAAAUAGAUUUCGUUUCGGCUGGAACCAUGUUAGAGACAGAAGCAGUAAAUAAAGGAGAGCUCUUUAUAUGAUGUAUAAGACAAAACGAUAGAUAUACC